ACAGUGAGAACUUUUAUCAAAGAGUAAGUGUGGUUGUGAAAAUUCUUGUCAGGUUUGUCUUAAAAAGAGAAAUUGGAUACAAUACACAAUUCAAGAUUGAUUUAAGAUUCCAAUUGACACUGUCAGCUGUUAAAAACAGGAAUUAAAACAGUUGUAAUGAUGCAACUACAAUUAAAUAAUAUUUAUUGAAUCAAAUAUACUCUAAAAAGAAAAUUAAGUGUGUUGUCAUUGUUACAAUUUUAUAACAUACCUGUGGCUGCUCAAAAAGUAGAUGAACAUCAAAAAUCAGUUGUAAUGAUGCAACUACAAUUAAAUAAUAUUUAUUGAAUCAAAUAUACUCUAAAAAGAAAAUUAAGUGUGUUGUCAUUGUUACAAUUUUAUAACAUACCUGUGGCUGCUCAAAAAGUAGAUGAACAUCAAAAAUCAGUUGUAAUGAUGCAACUACAAUUAAAUAAUAUUUAUUGAAUCAAAUAUACUCUAAAAAGAAAAUUAAGUGUGUUGUCAUUGUUACAAUUUUAUAACAUACCUGUAGCUGCUCAAAAAGUAGAUGAACAUCAAAAAUCUUUGCAAAACUAAAUACUAUUUAUUUCCUCUCAUUUACAGGGAAGUCAAGAAGGUUAAGGAUGCUAAAAAGCUGUUUGACAAAGUCAGUGAUGAUUUGGAUAAGUGAGUGUAUAAUACUUGACAUGUAUACUGUCCUUUUUGACAUGAGCUCAGUAAUUGGUGCUGUAACUAAAGGGUCAUGUUGGAUUUUCUCUUAUUUACCCAUUGGCUUUCGAGAUAAGGCUCUUUAGCACUUUAAGCUCAAAUUUUUUUUGCCAUUUGGCAACUGAAAAUCAGAAAAAAGUCAUUAGAGCUGCAGGCAACACCACAGUAGCCAGCAGUCAUUGUAAGGUUCACUUAAUUUAACUUCUCAGGACUCGACACUUGAACAAGGAAAGAGGAAGUGGCAACAUCCUGGAACUGGUUUAUGACUUUUUCAGAUUUCUAUGUGGCAUCUGCACACAGAUUGGCCAUUCAGUGACUUUUGCUGAAAAUAUACCAGCCAAAUUUUUUUCCAUUCACCUUGGUGACAAAAAUGGUGGCCGCUUGAUGCACUACUCCAUAGUAUGACUGGAAAAGAAAUAUUACAGCCUCCCUCCCUUGUAGCCUGAACUCUAGUUCAUUGAAGGUGCCCUAUCCCCCCAUACCCCUGUACUCCCUAUCCACCCUACCCCCUACACCCUACCCACCACUUCACUAUGGCAGGUUGUCCUUUGCCCAAAAACAUAAGACCAGGAUUGUGUGCUUAUGAAAAUGUUUGUGAUUUUUUUUUGUUUCCUUUUUAGUGCCUUGACAAGAAAAGCACAGCUUCCACAUCACUGUAAGGCCUCUGAAGUGGAGGAGGUUAGAUUAUUGUUAUAGUGUAGAGCUUCAUGUGUAGUUGCUAAAAAUUUUGCAAAGCCACCUAGAUGUUUGUAUAUGUAACUUGCUGUGUGUUACUGUGCCUACCAAUCUGUAUUAUAUAUGACGAUUGAAGGACCACACUGAAUACCUUGUAGUUAAUUUAAUUUUUUUUUUGUUUUAUUUAUUUAUUUAUUUUUAAUUUCCACAAAACAGGUUAAGAAUGCAGUGAAUGCCUUGUAGAACAUGGCAGUGUUAAUUAGACCUCUUCAUGCAUAUAGUCCAUCUUUUCUAACAGGUUCUUUUGUCCUUGCAAAUUUGAAAAGAAGUCUUAGUACAGAUUGAAUGAGUAGGACUGACUGGGAGAAGAAAGUGAACUUGUCUGUUUUUGUUCCUGUUAUAGAUUCUGAAGUUUAUGCAUGCCCAGUCAACAUAUUUUCAUCAAGGUUAUGAUUUGAUGAAUGAUUUAGAUGCAUACAUGAAGAGGGUGUCAAAUCAGGUGGGUUGAAUUUGAUUUACUAUUAAUAAUUUGAUAACAAUGAAGAUAUUGGCUUCUAUUAUACCAUUGGUGCAACAUUCAACAAGUUUGGUGUUCUUUGUCUUUUUCUGUCAGACCUUUUAGGAUUUUUUGUUCCUUGAUGGAAGAGUUUGUAUAUUAAUUUUAAACAAUGAUUCAUUAUUUCAGAAGCAGUUGUGAACUUAAAAAUUGAAACACUUUCACUCUUAGGAUCUAAAGAUUUAUUCUUCACACCAUUUGCCACAUAUUUCUUAUAAUUCAAGCUCUGAGAAUUUGGUUGUAAUUAUCAACCAGUAUCCCCCGUCAGAUAUUUUUCAAUCUUCUUAUCAACUUUAUGCUGAGAGUUGCACUUAAAUUGUGAAGUUCCUCUUUGAUCACUCCUGGGAGUGAAAGGGUUAAAAUAUUAGAGGACAGGUUUUGAUCAAUUGGAAAUAGUCUGCUGAUAGUGAUGCUUAACAACUGUGUAUCAAAUUCUGUAAUCCAGGUGGAAGAAGUGUCAGUCCAGUUUACAAUGGACAAAAAAGAGAUGGAGGAAAGACACACAUUGGUCCAGAAAAUGGUGGGUAUAAUAUCAAUUAUUACAAUAAUGAUUUAAGAUCUUAAAAAUUUUGCUCUGUCCUUAGAGCCAUUUAAAAUUUCUUAACAUGGGCCUUAGAAUUUUGUUUAAAAAUAAGGUAAAGACAGGCAAAAAAAUUAUACAGUUGGGUACAAAACUUAUACAUUGGUUAAUGUUUCCAUAUAUUUAUCAUUUACCAGUAAUUUCCCAUUUUCAUUCAAUUUCCCCCCAAUAAAGUGAGAUUGAGUCUUGUUGUAAGGCUGUGAGAAAACAAAAAAAGAUAGUGAGAUUAGUGGGUGAGUUGUAAUUGAUUUGGCAUGUCUAUGAAACCAUUCAAUUAGAUUUCUAUGGUCGAAUGUGCAAAAACAAAGGGCAGAAAAUUUGUCAAAUACCAGAUUAUGAAAUUCAUGGUUUUUACUCAAGGCUUGCUAUCUUGGAUUUGUGAUUUUAGGAGGAGAGUGGAUGCAUAGGAAGAAGAAACCUGAAUGAUGCAAGGUAAACUGUUAUAAUUGUUGAUGGUAUCUGAACAAUACUCAAUACAUGUUUUACAUCAUUCACAAUGGAAAGUCUCAAAGUUUGUAACUUCUCUGUUUACUUUGAGGAGUGAAUCUUGUGCAUUCAGUUUGGUGAAAAUCAUGUUUGUGUUCAUGUGCUUAUGGGUUAAUUUUCACCUUCUAUUUGUUUGCAGUGGUUUAGUAAUGGAAGGCUACUUAUUUAAAAAGAGCAGCAAUGCUUUUAGAAGUUGGCAUAGGUGAGUGUGUGGUAGCAGUGAGUUAGGGGUGAAUUUAGACUGAAAUAUUCUACAGGUUAGAUCUCUGACUCUCAGAAGUUGUAGUGGAUCUGAGUACUUUUUAAUGGGAUACUGAUUGACACUGAAGUAAAACUGCAGCAGCUGAUUUACCCUCUAACUCCUAAGAGUGACUAACAUCUAAUUUCUCCUUACAAUAGGACACCUGAAUCAAGCAUUAAGGUCUCAAGAAUAAAGGAGACGAUCACUGACUAAAAAGCUAUUGAUUGUCAGGCAAAUUCUCCUUGUUGGUCCCUCAUGAAAUUUGUAGAGAACAGUAUGGAGAAUAUGCAUACUGAUAUUAGGGUGUAAAGGGUUAAGGUCUUAAAAUGAUUUCAUUGUAAAAUACCUCAUUUUUAUUUUCCCAUAGGCGAUAUUUCACAGUUCAGAAUAACCAACUGAUGUAUCAGAAGAGAUUAAAGGUGUGUAUGACUGAAUGAAUGUAGUAUUUAGAUUACACACACUCACGAGUGUGAUCACUAAGUGCAAUUUCUGGUGUCACAUUCUGAUUAUGUCAAUCACAUGCAUGCUGCAAAUGUCAACAGCCAGGUGCAUACACCUAUUUAUGCAUGUUAUCAUGCUUUGAAUUGUGAAUACUUAGGAAAUUUAUUGAAGUUUUUAAUUAAAACCUUUUUUCAGUUGUACAGUCAAAUGAAUGAAGGGAUUCGAUGAUGACAUGCAGUUAAUGUAUCACUUGCAUUCAAUUUUGCAGGAUGAUCAAACAGUACUUGUUGAAGAUCUUCGAUUGUGUAAAGUUAGGCUUGCAGAGGAAACAGUGGAAAGAAGAUUUAUGUUUGAAGUGGUAUCACCAACAAAGUAAGGCUACUGAAUUCUGUUUUUGCAAAUCUGUCAAAUACACAGUAGACAACUCAGAAUUGAUAGCAUCUGAGUGACCAAUGGUUAUUGUUUCCAAGAUCUGAUUGUUAAUUCUCCCCUCAAACUGCAAGACAUUUGUAAAUUGGUUACAGGAAUUGCUGUUAGAUCAAGAUAACAACUUCUUCCUAACAAGUUUGAGUAUUCUCUUUACCUGAUAAGUUUGAGUAUUCUUGUUACCCAUUUGCUGGAUAAUGUAUAGAUAUUAUAGGGAGAAGUGACAUGUUAAUCACUUUUUGAGUUUAGAGUUAACUGAAAAUGAUAUCUUCUACUCUGUAUCACUAGAUCAUGGUAUUUACAAGCAGAUAGUGAAGCACUGCAAGUGGAAUGGAUGGAAGCUAUGCAGGUAAGUUUAUCAAAUUGAGGCAAGUGGAAUACAUAGGAACUGUGAGUCUAAGGAUGUACACUAAAUGUUGUGGGUGAAUUUCUGCUGAUGGUGAACUUGAGUGAGGUGUGGAGUGAGGUUGGUGACAGGGUUUUGUUUUGUUUGUAAAAUAAUGUUGUUUUCAAUGGCAACCUUCCUUGUUUCCAAUGUUAACCAAAUCUCAAGAGCAGUGUAUCAUAAACUGUCAAGCAUGUGAGAUAGUGUUAAGAAAUCAAAUGACACAAAUGACCCUGAAAACAGCACCAGUUGCCCAUGAUAACAACCCCAUUUUUAACAUCAAAAUGUGGUCACCAAACUUUUGUUGCCCCUCUCAACUGAAAGUUGUAGUAAGUAUAGGCUUGAAGUAGAAGUGAACGAGUUAUCAGCUUUUGUAGAAAUUGUUGUGUUGUGUUGGUAGAGAAGUGAAUCCUUAACUUGAUGAUCAAUAAGAAAGUUUCUAACAAAAUACUGUUACUAAAAUUUUAAUUGUUAUGUGGUGAUUCACAGGCCAGUAUUGACAAGGCUUUCAAUAGCUCAACCAGUAUUCAAAGUAACAAUGAUAAGGUGGGUGAAUUGAAAUUACUUACUUGCGCAUAGUGCAUGUGAUCCCUGUGGGUAGUUUUUAAGUCAUGGUUCCUUGACCUCAGGAUUUCAGAGACAAUCUAAGAAAAUGUGACUCUGAGGACAAGGCAGUGCAGUUUUGAUGAAUCCAAGCAAUAUAUAUUUAUUUAUUUAUUUGGCAUAUUAAAGUUCAUUAAUUAGCAGCUACCCAGAUUAAUUGCAUGGUACCUUUCAAGAUUGCCACAUGCACUUUCAGUCCUUUUCUCCAAGAACUUUCCUCAAAACUACUGUAUAAAAAUCACAUGACACAGGGACAAGUUGUUCAAUUUAUACCUUGAAUCAAUUUCACUAGCUGCACAUGAAAUAGAUUAUUGGGUACUUUUUUUGGUCACUGUUACACUGUUUUUUUUUUUUGUUUUCAUUUCUUUAGCUCUUGUUUAAAAUGUUCACAACUUUUAAAUUGAUUCUUUACACACUUUCUCUGUGAGCUGUCACUGAUGUGCACCUUACCUAUAAUUUGUGAUUUCAGGGGAUAUCCCUAUCCUGUCUUUUUAGUUCAAGUUUAAGAUAGAAUUUAUAUAUUUUUUUUUUUUUCAGAGUGAUUUACAAGGGCCAGGCUCUAUGAGCAACAGUAUGGAUUCUCUCAACAAAGUUUCUGGACCAUCAAGGUUUGAUUGUCUUGCUUUUUGCAUUCUGUUGCUGGAGAUUUCUUUAAUGCAGUUAAAAGCAAUUUAACAGAGUUGAAAACUAAGAGGAUCAGUAGUAUUCAGCUGUUUCUGCAUAUGCGCACAUGUCAGAGUUCCAUGUGCUCUCUGAUUGAGGCAUUCUUGCACGUGCUUUGAGCAUGAGCUUGCAGCAUGGUUUGGACCAACAGUUCAUCAUCCAGGUAGUUUUCCCCACCCCUUCCCCCUCUUUCCACCAUUUAUUCAGUGUGACUGAGGUCUGCUUCCCUUUUCUGCAUGGGGGCUCAUGGCUGGGUUGCAUGGAUUUGCCAUGGUCCCUGCUCUCACCACUGUGCCAUCCCUGCACUCAUCACUGUGCCAUCCCUUCUCCCAUCACUGUGCCAUCCCUGCUCUCAUCAUUGUUCCGUCCCUGCUCCUAUUACUUUGCCAUCCCUGCUCUCAUCAAUAAUGCAAGGGUCUAUGCUUCCAUCACUGUGCCAUCCCCGCUCUCAUCACUGUGGCCCAGGUCCCUGCUCUCAUCACUGUGUCAUCCCCACUCCCAUCACUGUGCCAUUCCUUCCUGUUAUUUCAUAGACAGUACUCUCUUGGAUCAUACAGAUGACACUCCAUUUUGGACCUGGUUCACUAAAAGUUAAUAUUAAUAAUUACAUUCAUUUGGUGUUUUAACAGUUUUUAUUACCUUUCAAUGACAGAAGUAAUCUUGAUGUUAUUAGAGCUGUCUCUGGUAAUGACAAGUGUGCAGACUGCAGCAGCACUGGUGAGCAUAGUACAACAAUCUGUGGGAGAGGGUAGCUUUGAGGUCAUAGGAUUGUGUAAAGAAAGUUCACUUUUUAAUACCAUUUGGCCUUUGCAUGAAAAAAUGUGGGUUUUUUUUAUCCUCCUUUUAUGGGUUAGAAUGUUUGCUUUUGCCUUUCUUUUUCUUUUUCUUUUUCCUUUUUUUUUUAAUUUAAAUGGUUUAUAUUUUGUAGUUACCAACUGUAGUAACUCUAAUGCAAAUUAUUUUUUAUCCUUUAGAUCCGACCUGGAUCUAUGCAUUGUAGAGUGCAUGUGUUGUCAAUAAUCUGGUUUAUGCCAUGAUCCUUAAGAUCAGUGGUGCAGACAAAAGGCUCAGCUUUGCUGCUGUGUAGUUUUUCUUAAGUCCAAUUAGCAGGUAAAACAACCAAACAAACAUUCAGUAAAUUCAUGCCUCUGGGUCCAAAUAUCAUCAGUUGAGGGCAGUGUGUUUGACUGAGUUACAAACUGUCCAGUGCAUAAUUACCUAUUUUUUAAGUAUUUAAAUUUGAUAUAUAAUAAUAUUAUGAGAGAUCACAAAGUUACAAUUAUGUAGUUUAAGAAAUGACCCACCGGUAAUGCUUGUUUUAAUAGGAGUUUGGGUGUCCACGUCUCCAAGGUUCGCUCAUUGACCCUUGAUGCAUGGGAACCAGAGCAAGUCAAGGUAAUAUAGGAUGCAUACUUUUGUUAUUUGUAAGCACAAUGCUUUGGAUUUACAACUGUUUUACUGGACAAUGUGCUGACAUAAUGUUAAUUGAGCUUGUGUCUCAAAGUGAUCAAGGCAUAAUCUCUAACUUGGUGACAGAAUAUUUUUAAUUUUAAAGAAAAGGACUUGGUAAAAUAGAACAAAAUGAAUGUUAUAGUAACUUUAAGGUUUUGUUUUUAGUUAAUGACAGAAUUGGGAAAUGAAUUGGUCAAUGGAAUUCUUGAAGCAAAAGUCAACUCCCAUACAAAGAAACCAACUCCUCAAAGUAGCAGGUACUGUUUGUUGUUUUAAAUAAAUUAUGAAUUCCUAAAUUUUUUGUAGUUAACAUUUUUGAAAAUAAUUAUCACAUGAUUUUUGUUGAAGGGGUGAAAGAGAGACUUGGAUGAUGUUAAAAUAUGUACAACAAAAGUUUGUUUCCCUGGAAACCUUUCUAAAAAACUGUCAAACUUUGGACAAAGGGAUCAUUAGAGAUCUUGCAAGAAUGAAAGUUCACCAUGAGGAAAGGCACACACCUUUGGCCUUUGUGAGAACAGACUCCAAAAAAAAGUAAACGUUUCUAAAGGAAACUUGCCAUGAAGUUAAAGUCAAAGAUGGAUAACUGA